AAUUUACAGCGCAAUUCAAAAUUUCAAAACAAACCAGAGGUUGAUGUGUUGUUGGCAUGUAGAGUGUUUACUUUGAGCUGGCUAACUGUUACAGACACCACCCAAAACUUAAUUUAAAACCUGUUUCACCAUGGACGCAGAUGAAAAGCACGAUUCCAGCGCGAAGGAGAAAUCUGUGAAUAUUCCUAAACCGCCUUCCAUCGAGGAUUUCGUCGUUUUGAAGCCCAUCAGCCGCGGUGCCUUUGGCAAGGUCUACCUUGCACGGAAGAAGUGCAAUGCGCGUUUAUACGCCAUUAAAGUGAUGAAGAAAGCCAACAUGGUUGAUAAAAACAUGACUGGACAAAUGAAGGCAGAGAGAGACGCACUCGCUCUGAGCAAAAGCCCCUUCGUUGUUCACCUGUUUUACUCCCUUCAAACAGCCACUAAAAUUUAUUUGGUAAUGGAAUACCUCAUUGGUGGAGAUGUCAAAUCUCUGCUUCACAUCUAUGGGUAUUUUGACCAGGAUAUGUCUGUCAAAUACAUUUCAGAGGUUGCUCUGGCUUUAGAUUACCUGCACCGUCAUGGUAUCAUCCACAGGGACCUGAAGCCAGACAACAUGCUUAUAUCCAACGAAGGCCACAUCAAGCUCACAGACUUUGGCCUUUCUAAAGUCAAGCUUGACAGAGAGCUGAAUCUUAUGGAUAUCCUCACCACUCCCUCCUUGACUAAACCUACAAAAGAUUACUUCCGGACACCGGGUCAAGUCCUCUCCUUAAUCAGCUCACUUGGUUUUAAUACGCCUACAGGGGAAGGCAAGCGUCACUGCAGUGCAUCGGCUGUGUCCAGUCCCCUUUCCUGUGGCAAAAUAAAACUAAAGAACAACUCUCUUGCAUCACCCGUAAUGAAGAAAAAAGAUAAACUGCACUCUCCAGGUCACUACCCUUGGAAAUCCAAACCUAACAACAGUGUGUUCAGUCCUCACAAAUGGACUAAAAACCUCACGCCUUCUCUACUCAAGACCAGAAGUAGGUUUGAGACAAUGAGUGCAGGCAGCACCACUGACACUGAAGGUGGCAUCAGUCCACUGUGGGAGUGUGAGGAGAAAGAAAAUGAGCAGAAGAGGAAAGUGCUUUCUGAGACAAAAAGACUUCAGGAAGACGUUGCGCCCAUAAAACCUGGCGCCCUAAUGGCGUCCGCUAAAAUCAACAGGACUCUUCACAAAAAGUCCUAUCCAGACCAAGCUGCUGAAAAAAGUCUGGAGUCUGGAGUUUCUGAUUCCACAAUUUUGGAAAAAGAUGAGCGUCAAGCUUUGGUUCCCUCAUCUGUGAAGAGAACAUUUUCCGAUGUAGAGAGGAGUCCAGAGCCACUAGAGACCCAAGCCAAGAAGAGAAAUGCAGACUACAGAAGGUGCUUUGAGAUUCCAGAGGAGUCUGCAAGGUUUCACACUGGCCUGACGGGAACAUUUUCCACCAUCCAUAUAGGCGACUUCAUGGCCUCCACUGAGGGGAUUGGGUUUUCUGAGGACCGCAUCCCAAAGCGCUCCAGUCCCAUUGCUGUUGCCAAGUCCCUGUUUAGUGAACUGGAAGAGCAAACAGAGGAUGUGUUUGAUGACGAAGCCAAAGACUUGUCACGCUCAAGUUUCACGUCACCGCUUGGGGGGAACAGUGACGUUUGCAGGAGCUUGAGUCUGGACUCUGAUGGUUCUAUCCAUGAAACGUCUCUCACGAUAGAUAGCCACACGCCACCUAAACCGAGCAAGUGUCCAAACAUCGGGAAGUUGGGUUACGAGGAGAUUAAAAACUCGUCCAUGAUAGAACCCCUACCACAAACUCCCUCUGCUGUCACUACAGGAACACGCAAACUUGGUCAUUUUGGCCACAGAGGUGAAUCCCGUUGUUCCUUUCCUAGUCCGCUCAAUGAUUUCAUGCGUGCAGUGAAAUCGCCCUCUUUCCUCAAGCCGAGAAAUGUGGUCGCUUUCCGCAGCUACAAUAGCUCCAUCAACCGCUCCAACAUGUCAGCGGUUUCCCGUCUCAGCAAUUGGUCUGUGGAGGCCAUGGACACGUCAGCCAUGUUUCACUCUGCGUCUGGUGUCGCAACACCAGUGCAGAGCAGGGUCAACUCCAGCACCUCUCUGUGUCGGACGCCGCUGCCCAUGUCCACGUCCCACACGCCCUUCAGGACCCCAAAGAGCGUCAGACGAGGUGCGCUGCCUGUUGAGGGGGCUCCUAUUCUAGGAACCCCCGACUACUUGGCUCCAGAGCUUCUUCUGGGGAAACCACAUGUUUCAGGAAGUGCUCGGUACGACUUCAUGGUGGACUGGUGGGCGCUGGGCGUGUGUCUCUUCGAGUUCCUCACUGGCGUGCCGCCGUUCAAUGACGAGACGCCGCAGCUUGUCUUCCAGAAUAUUCUCAACAGAGACAUCCCGUGGCCCGAGGGAGAGGAGGAGCUGUCGGAAAAUUCAAGGAAUGCCAUUGAAAUACUUCUGACGAUGGACAUGACAAAGCGGGCUGGACUAAAGGAACUCAAGAGCCACGCCCUGUUCGACGGCCUAGACUGGGACAACCUGCCCAACCAGACGAUGCCUUUCAUACCUCAGCCGGAGGACGAGACCGACACCUCGUACUUUGACGCGAGAAACAACGCUCAGCACAUCGCGGUGUCUGGCUUCAGCCUUUAAACAAACAAAAGAAGCUCCACGGGCGGAGGUCUCAUACAGAAUCAGAAAACAGCAGAGUUUGUCUGCUGGUGAAGUGUAAAGUGUGAAGUAAUCAGGGCUGUUGAUUGUGGAUUAUUUUUUUGAACGUUCAGGACUGUUUAUACUUUUAAAAAAUAGUUUUACAUAGAGUAUGUGCAAUCAGUGUUAGGAUCAACAGCAGAAAUAGUAAUAAGUGAUUUUCUUUAGUUAUAGCUCUUAAAAGUCAACUCUUCUGUUAUAAAAAUCCAACGAAUGCAACCGUGUCAUCUUUUAAUACUUUAAUUUCUGUAUUAAUAUGCCAUUGUAUCGAUGAAACACAAACUAAUAAUGUAUAAAUGUUGAUGUAAAUGUGUUUGUUUUUGUCUCCUGCUGUUUGAAAGAAAAAAACAUCCUAAUAUAUAUAUAUUAAUGUGUAGUGUGUUUUAUUUGUAUAUCUUGUUCACAUCAUUUAGUGUUGUUUUAAGACUGUGCUUGUUUUUGCUGCUUUUAUCUCACUCAUUAUUUUGAUGUGAUAUCAUAUAUUUUUUUCCCCUGUUUUCCACACUACUGGUAUUUGAUUUUUGUUUGUUUUAAUCAUUUCACCGAAACUCAUUCGACUCUUGUUGAAAUUUUA